UGUACUAUUAUGUAUAUGUAUAAUCCUGCUCCUCUGACUAACUAUCACUGCUUCGCCUCUUCCGAUUCCUGGUCAUCACUCGUUGUGAUUUCAUCUCACGUGAGCGUCACUUCACCUGUACCUCGAGGCAUUCGACAUGUAAACUGCACGCACUUCUUUGUACCAAACCUUGAAAAUGGAAAUGGAAAUCUUAUUCACAAUGAUAUUCGGACUGUGCCUGCGAUUUGUACUCGGCAGCUCACCUGUGAUGGUACAAGGAAAGCUGUAUCCAGCGAUAUUGGGAGUUUGGGAGGGAGCGUGUUUGAGGUAUUUGAUUAAUGGCAUACCACCCAGUUCAUCUUCGUCGUUGGAUCCAAUCCUAUCGUACGCUGUACGUCUGUGUAUUGAUUAUUUUAUCACGGAUAGCUUUGGGCAGGUGAUUGCGAUGGUCGUGUGGAGUUUUCUGGGCGUGUUGGUGGUAGAAAGUGUGGAGGUCGAGAGUAUCGAUGAACGAAGGUCGAAACGGCCGAAAGGGACUGGAUCGUCGUUUACUAGGAUACAGGAACAGGUGGUGGAUCAAUCGACUACGGAAGAGGACACUCUCCCUCUCCCGGUUUCCCCCGCUCAGAACGUUCAAGAAUCAUCACCGCUCCCCCUAUCUCUCCCGUUAUCCUCCUCCUCCAGCAUCCAACGAGAAGAAUAUCAACCCGAAUACCCCGAAGACGACGUAAACGACGACCUACAAACACCCCUUCCACAAUCACGUGUCCUCAUUCCCGAGGACGACGACGACAACGACGACGAAUUACAAACCCCUCUCGCGUUAUUACCUAUAUCUUCUCUCCCAGAAUUAUCUAUCCCCGCGGAUCAAUCUAUCCUCCUACGUCCAAUCCGAAGCACAAGUACCUCUCCCGUCCCAAUACCCGCUCCAGCUCUUCCUUACAUCACCACAUCCUCUCCUCACCCCGCCUCACCCUCCUCCUCCUCCUUACACCUCUCAACUCUUCACCCCCACUCCCACUCCCUUUCCCCCUCUUCCUCCUCCCAACAAUCCACUAUCCUCCUCUCCCCAACCUCCCUCUACACCCACGCCGACGCGCUCCGCAAACAGGCCUGGAAAGAACACCACUUUCUCAAAACCCAACUCGAAAAAGACCUCGUACGAGCGCGAUCCCAAGGAAACACAACAGAGGCGUUCAUGUUGCUUGGCGAGAUCAAGGACACCUUAGCCAGGAUCGACAAGUUGCAUGGGAGAGCGAAGAGAAGGUUUUAUUUGGCACGAAAUAAUAAUAAUAAUAAUGAUAGUAAUAAUGCUCUCAUUCCCACCACUACCACUAGCAACCCCUCGUCCAUCGACGUCCAUGGUCUCCUCGUACCCGAAGCCAUCGACAAAACCGAAGAAGCGUUCCGCGGAGUCUUGCGUACAGGGAAUCGGUUCCUCCGAGUCAUCGUCGGGAAAGGGAAUCAUUCAAAGAACGGAAUGCCGAAAUUGAGACCUGCGAUUAUACACGCUUUUAAUAGGCAUGGGUUUAAAUGUACAGUCGAUGUAAACAACUCAGGGAUCGUCAUCCUCGAAGCUCCGUCUCCGCCACUGGUUCCUCCCCAUCCUUAGUCAAUUCCGAUGUAAAUUUCAUGUGUUGUUUGUUUGGUUAUAUGUUAUGUACAAUAUUGUUUGUUGUAUUAUAUAACUGUGUCUUUGUCUUGAGCAAAAAAAAAACCCCUUACAGUUCAAA